GGGCUCAGGUCUGUUUAUUGGUCUGGCUGGGACUGGAGCUGCAGGCGGCAUCGCUGUUGCUGGUUUUGAAUGGAAUGCCACCUAUGUGUUGCUGGCGCUGGCCUGGAUAUUUGUGCCUGUCUACAUUUCCUCAGGGAUAGUCACAAUGCCGGAGUAUCUGGGGCGUCGUUUUGGAGGCGAGAGGAUCCGGACCUACCUGGCUGUUCUGUCACUGCUGCUGUCUGUCUUCACAAAGAUAUCGACUGACCUGUACUCUGGAGCCUUGUUUGUUCAGGUGUGCCUGGGAUGGAACCUCUAUCUGUCCACUGUCCUCAUGCUGGUGGUCACUGCCCUCUACACCAUUGCAGGCGGCCUUGCUGCUGUCAUCUACACAGACACUUUACAGACAUUUAUCAUGAUCAUAGGCGCAAUCAUCCUAACAAUUACUGCUUUCAACAAGAUUGGUGGUUAUAGCAACUUGGAGCGUGUGUACAGCAUAGCGGUGCCAAGUAAGAUCAUCCCCAACAGCACCUGUCACUUGCCACGGCCCGACGCCAUGCAUCUAUUCAGAGAUGCCGUCACUGGAGACCUUCCCUGGCCCGGCAUGACUCUGGGCCUCACCAUACUGGCUACCUGGUACUGGUGCACUGAUCAGGUUAUUGUACAACGGUCCCUGUCUGCCAAAAACAUGAGUCAUGUAAAAGGAGCAUCUAUCUUUGCAGCCUAUCUGAAGAUGCUGUCUUUCAUCUUCAUCAUUCUACCUGGCAUGAUCAGCCGAGCUCUCUAUCCAGACUCUGUUGGAUGUGUCGAUCCAGAAGAGUGUGUGCGUGUGUGUGGAGCUGAGGUGGGGUGCUCCAACAUUGCCUUUCCUAAGCUGGUCACUGAACUCAUGCCAAGUGGCUUGAGGGGACUUAUGAUAGCCGUGAUGAUGGCCGCUCUGAUGUCUUCACUGACCUCCAUCUUCAACAGCAGCUCCACGCUCUUCACCAUGGACAUCUGGAAGAAGCACCGCCCCCAAGCAUCUGAAAAGGAGCUGCUGCUGGUUGGCAGGAUUGUGACCGUGAUCUUGGUGGUGGUGAGUGUGGUGUGGAUCCCCAUCCUUCAGUCGGCCAACAGUGGACAGCUGUACGUCUACAUCCAGUCAGUGACGAGCUGCCUUGCUCCACCCGUCACAGCUGUCUUCACGCUGGCUGUCUUCUGGAAGAGGACCAAUGAGCAGGGAGCAUUUUGGGGCCUGAUGGUGGGUUUGGUGGUAGGUGUGUGUAGGAUGGUGUUGGAGUUUGCUUUCCCUCCUCCCAGAUGUGGCAUUGUGGACUCGGCACCUAUGGUGUUACGUGGCGUACACUACCUCCAUUUUGCCAUUAUUCUCUGUGGCCUCACCGCCAUUGUGGUUGCCAUCAUAUCACUGCUUACACCGCCACCCAGCCAUGAACAGGUGUGUAAUCUGACCUGGUGGACAAUAACUGAAGAGCCACAAAGAGAAAUUCCUCUACAGAAAGUGUCCUCUGUUAGCCACCGUAGCUCCCAGGGCUCUGAGCCACAACGCCGUGGAAUCUGUGGGCAAGGGGCAGGUCUGUGCAUCUCUGCAAUACGAAACUCAGGGCAGACUCCAGCACCCAGAGUUCCUAGUGUUCGAGAGAGUGUGUUCUGGUCUAGGUUCUGCUGUGUCAAUGCACUUCUGCUAGUCAGCAUCAACAUUUUUCUGUAUGCAUACUUUGCCUGAGGGGAGGAUCAGAUUCAGCAUCCAGCCACUCCCUCCGCUUUACUCUCCAACAUGAACUACAAACUGAUUUCUCCUCUUUCAAGAAGGGCUGAAGAUAACCAUUUUUGUCUAGAUUUUGAUAGCAUCUUUAAUACACAAUGUAUUUCACGAUGUGAAGGCAGUAGUUAAAGGUUUAGGUAUGACAGAUUCUCACAGAGCAAAUGUUUUCACUAAGGCUUGACGUACUUCUUGACUCAUCUGUAUCCACUAAUGGUCAUCUUAAAAUGGUCAUCAGUGAUAGGAUAUCCAUAUACCAGUCUUUUAAAAUCAAGUACAAACAAAAGGGAAAGGAUUUUCUUCUUUCUUCCCCCCACCUUUACAAACAAAAAUGCAUUAUAAAAUGAUUUACACAUACGAUUGUAACUAAUUGUAAAAUUAAAAAGUUUGGUAACAUAACAGUAACCCAUUAAAUUGAUAAUCAGUACAUCUAUGAAGUUACACUGAAUUAAAUACAUAACUAUAUAUUUUUCUUUUUCUUCUUGUUUUCUUUUUUAAGUGAA